AGAGCAUCACAGAGCCGAGUGUGACGUCACUGUAUACGUGUCACGUUUCCCAGCAACUUUAGCGCAGCAGCGGCAAACAUAGACACGACAUCAACAAUGGCGGAUGUUGCUUUACUGUUAAUGCGCAUGGCUUUGUGAAAAAAAAGCCUUAGCAUCAUCAUGUGUGCUAUGUGAAGAAAAGAAUUCCACCGUGCUGUAAUGUAUAUGUGGCGAUAAUAAAUUCUUCUUCUGAUAAUGUAUCAUAUUGCAGUAAAGUAAAAGUGUAUUAAACAUUGGUAUACUUAAGGUACAUUAUCAAAGGUGCUAACAGUGGCCCCGCCCACAGCCCCGAAUUCUUAAUUCUUAAUUCUGAAUUAAUUCAAGACCAGCAACGUUUUGGUGCUACUUAAGAACCACUUUUCCUGGUUCAAAGCCGGUGCGUUGGCUGUCGAAAAAAGAAAGACCUGGUUCUAAACUAGGCUCCGAACCAGCACUCAAACCGCCUUGGUGGAAAAGGGGCACGAUGCAGGGUUCGGGUCAGACGAGACGGCGAGUGGCUCAGGACUUUGAGGCCUGCUAUGAGUCCUUGUGUGCGACUCAGGGUUCUGCUCCGGUAGCUGCCGUGAGGUUGGGUCUGAGCCACGGAGUGCUGGACUUUAAUGGAGAUGCCAUCAGUUACCCGGACUGGCUGCUUAUACUGUCAGCAUUAGCGAUCAACAAACAGCUGCAUCAUGUCGGUGUCAAAAGUUAUCAUCUCACCAGUCUGGGCUCUCAGGGUUCCUAUAAGACCUCCAUCAGAAAGAAGACUCCUGUUGUCCAUUCAAAGAACAUGACAUUUCAGCUUUGUAAAGCCGUGCAGAAAUGCCUGAGCGUUUCACACAGCCUUAAAACACUCCAGCUGCACGGGCUGCCGCUGAGAGAGAGAGACCUCGACACACUCACUAAGGGUUUGUCCAAGUCCGUGUCAUUGGAGCAUUUGUCUUUGGCGCGCUGUCCCAUUGCAGACGACGGACUAGAGACUAUCUGCCAGAGUGUGAAGUAUUCAACAAGUAUUAAAACGGUGGAUUUCACUGCUUGUAACAUCACAUGGCGAGGUGCAGAGCAUCUGGCAAACAUUAUAAAGCACCAGGCAAUGAGGCGACACACCACGGCAUGGGCGGAGACUUUGCGCUACAGGAAGGCGGAGUUUGAAGCGAUGGGCGGGCUUCGGAGGAUCACACUUAACGAAAACAUUCUAAUCGGGGACAGAGGAGUGACGUCCCUCGCUCAGGAGCUCACAGAGGACCUGUGGGUCAAAGCAUUGGACCUGCAGCGCUGUGGCAUCUCUAACGAAGGAGCUCGUGUUCUGGAGAAAAUGCUCCAGUCCAACACCACCCUGUGUGUACUGGACAUCCGGAGGAACCCCCUACUGGAUAAUGAGCUGGUGAAGUCUGUGAUAAAGAAAGUGCUUAUGAAUAACAAAGGCCAGGACUCACAAUAUUUGUGGUUGAAGCCUCCAGCUAAAGAGGCAAGUUAUCCCUCAGGACAGACGACUAGGAGAAGCACAGGAAGGGCUACAUACAGAAUCGUUAAAGGCUCACAUCGGACAUCUUCAGCACCGUGUGGAGCAGGACCUCCUCGACCUGGCAGUACUGGUUAUAUCCCAUGGCGCACCGCAGCACGGGCUAAACUUCAGAGAGGUCUCCCUCAGAGUGCCACAGUAGCAGAUCAGAGUUUUCAGAACGUCUCCUCCAUUCGAGUCACGCUAGAGUCGGAGAGCGAGUCACAGUCUGAAGAAACUGAAAGCACGCCGCAAAGUGUGUGUGUACAGAGCGCUCGUGAGAACAUCAGCGACAGACAGUUCAGACGUGAUCAGGAUGAUUACAGGAGUCUGAAGGAGCAGCUGGAGGAAUGCAGGCUCAGGCUUAUGGAGGAGAGAAACGCAAGACUGAAAGCCACUUCUCGUGUUGUGGAGCUGGAGUUGGAGAACAAUCGCUUACACAGUGUGAAUCAGACUCUCUCUGAAGCUCACACCGGUCACUCUAUUUUGGAGGAUGAAAAAGUGCUGGACAGUAUCGAGUCUUCCUUUCACAAAUUCCAUGCCUUCCUUGACCUGCUUAAAGACGCCGGGCUGGGUCAGUUGGCGUCCAUGGCCGGCAUCGAGCAGUCCGAUUUCGGGGUCCUGGAUCGUCCUCAGCUCUCUUCUACACAGCGAAAAGGAGAUGGAGAUCAAGUCAGCAAGCAGAGGAAAGACAGCAUGGUUCAGAUAACAAACAGCCUUCAGAAAGCAUCAAGUCUUCAAUCCAGCACAUCCUCAUCUGCAGCUUCUGCAGUGUCCAAGAAUUCUCGUAAUCUCCGUUCCCCACAGGAUGUGAUCCCCACUCCAGCACCGCGCCACUUCAGUCUUUCCCCUUCUCCUCUGGACCAUCCUGAUGCUCUUCAUCUGCAGCAGAGGGUUUCUCCAAACCAGUCAAAUUCUAAUAGAGAGUCUGGCUCUGAUAAAUCCGGAGGCAGGCGGCGCUCAAAAUCAGGCAGUUCAGCCAGCAGUGUACAUCUUAGUGUUCAUAGUAAACUGUCUUAUUCUUACAGAGUUUCUGAAGGGACGCUCUCUCCAGCUCUGAGCUCCAGAUCUUCCAGCAUGUCUCGGUUUGGGUCUGAGAGAAUCAGUGAGAGACACUCUGAGGGCCAGAGGAGUGCCGUUUGGUUGGCUGGGCUCUAGAGACAGGUCACAGUUUUAUUGUUUAAAGCCAACACUUGAAAUGGUAAACACUGAGUGGACGUUGGAGACGGUGCGAGAUAACGAAAGAAAACAGCAAAACUGAGGAAUAAACAUUUACAGUCCACUUGAUUAGAAACACCUGUAGACCUGCUCGUUUAUGUAGAUAUCUAUUCAACCAAUCAUGUUGCACAGCACAGUGUUUAAAAUGAUGCAGCUUCAGUUACUUUUUAUAUGAAAUAUCACAAUUCUGUGUUGGAGGAGGUCAAUGAUAUAGAAAAUACUCCAACCAGCCCAUCUGUCACAAAGUUUACAUUUUUGCUUCAUUCUAAAGGCUGAUAUGAACAUUACCAAAAGCUUUUGACCUGUUUUCUAGAAUAUUUUUUUACCCUGUGAUUGGAUGACUUAGAUAACUCCAUAAAUGUACAAGCGUUGAACUAGAG